GUCAAUAAGAUGGAGCAGCAAUGGCUCUGCGACAGCGGAACAUGCAUGCUGGCACUGAAUGUCGACGCCGUGUUUGAGCUCUUGUACGAAGUCCAUGUUGAGCAAGACGUUUCCAUCGAAGACAUCCUAAACGUCAUCUUUGACAGCACCGAGCAAAUCCAGCGAAUGCUCAGCAAGCUGGAGAAAGAGGAUGACCCUCAGAUGGACGCGAUCCUGGACAUGUGCCUAGCUACUAUGGAUCAACGUCAACAACGAAGGGUAUUGCAGAGGUUGGUGAAUGCCUUUAGUAUGUAUGAAUAUGUCGACUAG